AUGCCUGCAGAAAAAGUUGAAGCAUACAGAACCUUCAUGAAUCAUGUUAACGCUCUACAAGUUAAUGUGCCAUUCGUGGAAACAAUACUUCAAACGCCUAAAUACUUCAACUUGCUUAAGGGCCUUUUUGCUGCUAGGAAGGAUUUGGCUGAAGUUGCAGAAGUCUUGAUGAGUGAAUUACCUAAAAAGAAGGGUGAUCCCGGCAAUAUGGUGAUUCCAUGCCAAUUUGGUAAUGAGAUCUUCACACGAGCAUUGGCUGACUCGAGGGCAAGCAUCAAUAUGAAGCCUUUGUCAUUCUAUAAGAAGAUGAAUCUACCAGAACCAAAACCGGUGCAUAUGAAGAUCCAUUUGGCGGACAAGACAAUAAUCCAUCCAAAAGGCGUUUGCGAAGAUCUCCUUAUAAAAGUUGACAAAUUCAUAUUCCCAAUAGACUUCGUGGUUGUUGAUAUGGAAGAAGACCCCGAAAUUCCAAUCAUUUUGGGGAGAUCCUUCUUGAACACCGCGUGUGCCUUAAUUGAUAUAAGUGAGUCUACAUUGACAUUGAGAGUGGGUGAUGAGCCCGUGAAGUUUAAAGCUAUUCCAUAA